AGAGGCGGUAUUCCCCGGUCAAAUACCUGGAGAAAUACGGUGCAUUUAAGCGAUCCGAAAGAGGACAGUGUUUGGGAGCAAUGGUUAUUACGCAAGGGAGAGAAUCAAGUUUUAUUACGGCUGGUUUUGGUGGGUGAGUCGUUUAGAUUGCAGUGUAUACGACAAUGAUAUGGUUUGUUAAUAAGUGCGAGGAGAGAAUGCAUGGCAGCUGAUCCCAACUGUCAAGAAAACUCUAUAGCGAGGAGACCUUUCUCUCCUCUCCACUCCUCUCGGUAGGUCGUUGGUGGGUUUCAUUCAUUCAUUCCAUCUCUUCUUCUUAUUCUUCGUCUUCCUCCGCACAGAGGAUCGAAGGUUUUGUAGGUGUGUUGUCCGCCAUUGUAGUGGGUGAAGGAGCAGAGCAGGCAGGAUGGCUAUGGGGAACAACGCAUCAGAGAAGAACAACAACAGUUGUGGGGAAAGGGAGAGAGAGCGUGAAAGAAUAAAGGGGCCAUGGAGCCCAGAAGAAGAUGCAGCCCUACACAAACUGGUGGAGAAACUGGGGCCGCGCAACUGGUCCCUCAUCAGCAAGGGCAUCCCCGGGAGGUCAGGAAAAUCAUGCCGGCUGCGCUGGUGCAAUCAGCUGAGCCCGCAGGUGCAGCACCGCCCUUUCUCCCCUGACGAGGAUCGGCUCAUCAUCCAAGCCCAUGCCCAGCACGGCAACAAAUGGGCCACCAUUGCCCGAAUCCUCCCUGGCCGCACUGACAACGCCAUUAAAAAUCACUGGAAUUCUACCCUGCGCCGCCGCUACCUCGCUGAAAAAUCCCCUUCCCAUUCCCCAUCUCAUUCCCUGUCGCAUGAGAACAACAUGAACAACAAUGGCGUUACUACUACCACCAGUCCUAUUGGUGAUAACUGCAGCAUGAAACGCUCCAGUGUUGAUCUGUCGCAUGAUGGAGGGAGCGCUCAGGAUGAUGGGAAUGUGGAGGUGGAGUCUCAGCGAUUCAAGAAGCUCAACUGUGGAGGACCUGCUCCCGAUUCUCCUGCUAUUUCUGAUUCCAGUAACAACUUCUUUCCUAAUGCCCAGCAAAUCCAUCGCCCGGUUCCCAUUCAAUCAGCCUUCAAAUCCUAUGCCAAUAUAAAUCAGGAUCCUCCCACCUCUCUCUCGCUUUCCCUGCCUGGGUCUUCUGAAGAAAAAAUCAAAACCGAAGACAAAAUUCAGCAGCAGCCCAGUACAACAAAUUCAGAGCUCAGGCAGCAGGAGAAAAUUCCUCAGAAUCCAUUGGUAAGUGCUGGUACCCAACAGCAGGUUUUUCAGUACCCAUUUGUAAUUCCUCCCUUUCAGCAACAUCAGCAGCAGCAAUCUGUGGUGAUGAAUGGGUACCUGAAAACAGACGAGGCCAUGCUGAUGAUGACGGAAGCUGUGAAAAUGGCAGUUGGGCAGGCCAUUUCUCUGGUUUUUCAAGCCUCUCAAUCUCAAUGUAAGGAAAACAAUGCGCAUUGUGAAGGGCUCGGUCUCCUGGAUAUCAUGAGAGAAAUGAUUGCCAAGGAAGUUCAGAAUUACAUGGCUCUAUCACAGCCGCCUUCUGCAGCCCCCUGCAAUCAAACAGGGCUGAAUUCUUACGCAGCUGCUGCAAUGGAUUCAUCUGCUCUUCCCAGGAAAGUUUGAAUUUUUAGCUCGGCAGAGAGAUGCCGAAAUGGGUAUUUCGUAAUUUUCACCAGUUUGAGUGAAUCGAUUUAAUGCUAUGCAAAACAAACUAGGGCCCCAGUAGUGUGGGUCAGCAUUUCCUGAGAUUAGGAACUUUAGUUUAGCAGGGCAUUAUCAAAUAAUAUUUUGGGCAAGGCCUAAAUUCAUGAGCUCAUGAAAAAUCAAAAAGAAGGAAACUAUUUUGCCAAGAAGGAAGGUCACUUUGUGGAACGAGCUGUAGAAGUUGAUCCAAGGUGGGGUUUUUUACAGGCAGGGCUUUAUGUUGCAUUUCUUCUUCUUAUGUACAAAGAAAUUUUCAGGUGUAUAAAGGCUGUGAGAUCGAAGAUUUACACCUCAGAGAAUCUGCAAUGUUAACGAAUCAUCUAGUUCGUUUUGCCUCAAAUCAAUCCUCUUUGGGUGCUCUAGAAUUUGUAGAAGAAUGCAUAUUGAGAGGUUUAUUGGUACCUUUUUAAUCUCAUGCAAAAAAUAUUGAUUGUGUGA